AUGAAGAUGCAAAUUUAUGGAGGAGCCGAGCGUUUUGCAGCUCCGGGGGCUCCGGCGGCCGCCCCGCCGGGGAAAGAGAUCCCGGAGGUCCUAGUGGACCCACGCAGCCGGCGGCGCUAUCUGCGGGGCCGCUUUCUGGGGAAGGGCGGCUUUGCCAAGUGCUUCGAGAUCUCGGACGCGGACACUAAGGAGGUGUUCGCGGCCGCACCAGAAGGGGCUCCGGCGGCCGCCCCGCCGGGGAAAGAGAUCCCGGAGGUCCUAGUGGACCCACGCAGCCGGCGGCGCUAUCUGCGGGGCCGCUUUCUGGGGAAGGGCGGCUUUGCCAAGUGCUUCGAGAUCUCGGACGCGGACACUAAGGAGGUGUUCGCGGGCAAGAUCGUGCCCAAGUCGCUGCUGCUCAAGCCGCACCAGAAGGAGAAGAUGUCCAUGGAGAUAUCCAUUCACCGCAGCCUCGCCCACCAGCAUGUCGUCGGCUUCCACGGCUUUUUCGAGGACAACGACUUCGUGUUCGUGGUGUUGGAGCUCUGCCGCCGGAGAUCUCUCCUGGAACUGCACAAACGGAGGAAAGCACUGACGGAGCCCGAGGCUCGCUACUAUCUGCGGCAGGUGGUCCUUGGCUGCCAGUACCUGCACCGAAACCGGGUCAUUCAUCGGGACCUCAAGCUAGGCAACCUCUUCCUGAACGAGGACCUGGAGGUGAAAAUAGGGGAUUUUGGACUGGCAACCAAGGUCGAAUAUGACGGGGAAAGGAAGAAGACCCUGUGCGGAACUCCUAAUUACAUAGCUCCUGAGGUGCUGAGCAAGAAAGGGCACAGUUUCGAGGUGGAUGUGUGGUCCAUUGGGUGCAUUAUGUAUACCUUGCUAGUGGGCAAACCACCUUUUGAGACAUCUUGCCUAAAAGAGACCUACCUCCGGAUCAAGAAGAAUGAGUACAGUAUUCCCAAGCACAUCAACCCCGUGGCCGCCUCCCUCAUUCAGAAGAUGCUUCAGAGCGACCCCACCGCCCGCCCCACCAUCCAUGAGCUGCUCAGCGACGAGUUCUUUACCUCUGGCUACAUCCCCGCCCGACUGCCCAUCACCUGCCUCACCAUCCCACCCAGGUUUUCCAUUGCUCCCAGCAGCUUGGACCCCAGCGGCCGGAAGCCUCUCUCAGUCCUCAAUAAAGGUACGGAGAACCCCAUGCCUGAGCGGCCCCGAGAGAAAGAGGAGCCCGUGGUCCGGGAGACCAACGAGGCGGCCGACUGCCACCUUGGGGAUAUGCUGCAGCAGCUGCACAGCGUCAACGCCUCCAAGCCCUCGGAGCGGGGGCUGGUCAGGCAAGAGGAGGCCGAGGAUCCCGCCUGCAUCCCCAUCUUCUGGGUCAGCAAGUGGGUGGACUACUCGGACAAGUACGGCCUUGGAUACCAACUGUGUGACAACAGCGUGGGGGUGCUCUUCAAUGACUCGACUCGCCUUAUCCUCUACAACGACGGUGACAGCCUGCAGUACAUAGAGCGCGACGGCACAGAGUCCUACCUCACCGUGAAUUCCCAUCCCAACUCCUUGACCAAGAAGAUCACCCUCCUUAAGUAUUUCCGGAACUACAUGAGCGAGCACUUGCUGAAGGCAGGGGCCAAUAUCACACCACGGGAAGGUGAUGAGCUGGCCCGGCUGCCCUACCUGCGCACCUGGUUCCGCACCCGCAGUGCCAUCAUCCUGCACCUCAGCAAUGGCUGUGUGCAGAUCAACUUCUUCCAGGACCACACUAAACUCAUCCUGUGCCCGCUGAUGGCCGCCGUGACUUACAUCAACGAGAAGCGGGACUUCCGCACGUACCGCCUGAGCCUCCUGGAGGAGUUUGGCUGCUCCAAGGAGCUGGCCAGCCGGCUCCGAUACGCCCGCACCAUGGUGGACAAGCUGCUGAGCUCGCGCUCAGCCACCAACCGCCUCAAGGCCUCCUCGUAGGCCCGCCCCUUGGGACUGGUGCCUCCGUGACCCCCACCAGCGCCUUGGCCCGUUCUGGUCAGCUCCCCUGGCCCUGGUUUUUAUAGUGUGCCCCAGCCCACAGAUGGGGCUGCUGUGUAAGUUAUUUUUGUACAUGUUUGCGUGUGGGUUCUAUGGCCCCUCCCUUCCCUCUCACCCGCACUGUAUGUACAGAAUGUUGCUGUUGGAUACAGGACUGUCCUUUCCCCGCCUUUAUACACAUUAAACACAUGAGAACCUU